UUAUGAGUUAAUUAUCUACUUCUAUAUCUAAAAUAUUUGGAAUAAUAUUUGUAAGAUCAUAGGAUGGUACAAGACUAUAUUCUAAAUAUUAUCCUUAAUUAUUUCCAAAGAAUUUAUUGAGAGUACCUGAGGGUGUUAUUACAAAUAUUGACGUGUAAAAAUAAUUUGAACAUAAUGUAUGGGAGAAAGGGAAAAGAGUUGGAGCUCGUUUGACUAAGGGAAGUGAAAGUAUAAAUUAAUAAUUAUAAUUCUAAAGCUGAGAUAUUUCAAUAUUGUUAGUUUAAUAUUGUAAUGAAGGCAUUUAAUGAAGUACACUUGUUUGUUUUGGGUGAUUUUGAAGAAAAUGAAAUAAUAUUAUCAUAAGUUAUAAAUGGAAUUUAUGAAUCCUUAAAUCACAUAACAAAGGAUCAUAUAAAUAAGAAAACCUUAUUAGAGAACUUUGAUUAAGUCAUUAUUAUAAUUGAUGAAAUUUGUGAUCAAGGGUAUAAGAAAAUUAUAUAAUAUUUAAUAGAAUAAUUAUUACAAUAGAUCCAUCAGUAAUUAUAGCAAGAGUAACAAUGAGGGAUACUGAGGCUAUAACUUUAGAUAAAUAAGAAACUAGUGGUUCUUCAGGAGGAGCCUUUUCUUCAGUAUUUGCAUCUGCCAAAAGAACAUUUGCUUCAUAAUUUAUGGGUUCUGGUUGA